CCUGAGUAACAAUGACCUGAAGGAUUCAGGAGUGAAGCUGCUCUCUGCUGGGCUGGGGAAUCCCCACUGUAAACUGGAGACUCUGAGGCUGUCAGGCUGUCUAGUCACAGAGCAAGGAUGUGCUUCUCUGGCCACAGCUCUGAGGUCCAACCCCUCACACCUGAGAGAGCUGGAUCUGAGCUACAAUCACCCAGGAGACUCAGGAGUCAGACUGCUCUCUGCUGGACUGGAGGAUCCACACUGCAGACUGGAGAAACUCAAUGUGGAACAUGGUGGAGAGAACAGAAUGAAACCUGGGCUUAGAAAAUAUGUCUGUGAUCUCACACUGGAUCCAAACACAGUAAACAGACUCCUCUCUCUGUCUGAGGAGAACAGAAAGGUGACAGGUUGGAGAGAGAAGCAGCCGUAUCCUGAUCACCCAGAGAGAUUUGAGGACUGUGGACAGGUGCUGUGUAGAGAGGGUCUGACUGGGCGCUGUUACUGGGAGGUAGAGUGGAGUGGGGGAUGGGCUGAUAUAGGAGUGACAUAUAAAGGAAUCAGCAGGAGAAGAAGGGGUGAUGACUGUUGGCUUGGAUACAAUGACAAGUCCUGGAGUCUGUUCUGUUCUGACAACAGUUACAUAGCCAGGCACAAUAAUAAUGACACUACCAUAGACGUCCCCUCCUCCAGCUCCCACAGAGUAGGAGUGUAUCUGGACUGGCCAGCCGGCACUCUGUCCUUCUAUAGAGCCUCCUCUGACACACUGACCCACCUGAUCACAUUCACAUCCACAUUCACUGAGCCCAUCUAUCCAGGGUUUGGGGUUCAUUAUGAUGGCGACUCAGUGUCCCUGAAAAUAUAACCUGACACACACACACACACACACACUGCACACAUACACUGGACACACACACACACACUGGACACACACACACUGGACACACACACACAUACGCGUCUUCCUAUAAUUGUGAGGACCUUGACCAGGACCUUCAAAUGAGGACCAUCAUUUCUGAUAGAACUGGGAACAAACAGACACCUCAUUCCAGCACUAAGUGGUCCCACAAACACAGAGGUGAAAAUACUACAGGAAUAUUCUGCAAAUGUUGAUGAAGAUGUCACUCAAUCCACCCAAAACAACAUGCAGUCUUUCCACAAGACUCCCAUGAAGUUAUAGUGACGUUAUGAGUUGACGUUAAAGUAACAUUCUCAGAACAUACUGCACUUGUUUUAUCCUGUUUUAGAUGUAUCCUCUGUUUAAACAUUUAAACUCUUACAAUAACACUGUUAAAAUACCAAUGUGAUCAUUUGUUAUGUCUUUUAUGUUGAAAAACAGAUUGUGCAAUUAUAUAUGGACAUACGCUCCAUAGUUAUACAAGUAUACAAGGAUAUAUUGUACUUUUCAUAAUAAAACAGACUUGAAACAAGAAAACUA